AUGUCAUCACACGCAGACAACCCUCAUCACGAUUCCUCCAUCGACUAUCAUCUCCCAGAAUUCACCUCGCCACCAACCCCAGCCUUCUCCUCUCUUCCUACUCCCAUCUUCCCUCCUUCGUCUUCUUCUUCUUCACACGCGAUUCCUCUCUCUGCUCUUGCAAGAUCCGGGUCUACUACUCUUCCUCUUCAUCUUCACAAUCACCACCAUCAUCCUCCUCCUCCCUCUUCAUCUUCAUCUUCAUCUUCUUCUGCUUCAGCAACUUCGACAUCUCUAAAGAGACCCGGCUCUCCUCUGUUACGCAAGACCCACUCCUUCAAAUUAGACGAAGGUUACGGCGAGGGUGUAGAAGAACCCCAGCCCAUCAUCAUCAACGACUCUUCACGAACCUCAAAAUACCCUGCUAGUUCUUCUUCUUCGGGGGUUGCAGACGUCAAAAUUCCCGACUGGAUGUUGGAACUUGCUGACGACGUUCGAACUGAAGUUGCAUAUAAACUCGUCCGCUCCCUGCCCACGUCGGCUAUCGCAUCCAUCGUGGAACGACUAAUCCCCGUCCUCCAUCUCGACUUUGUCGCCCUUCUCCCUUCAGAGUUAUCCCUACAAAUCCUAUCCUACCUACCUCCCAGGUCUCUCUUGAAUGCUUCUCUCGCGUCGAAAACAUGGCGGAAAUUCGCCAUGGAACCUCGGCUCUGGAAGGGUCUUUACAGGGCCGAAGGUUGGUCCCUAAACGACGAGGCAUCCUACGAGUUCGAACGUGAAAUGAGAGGUGAAGGGAAAAGAAAGCUUCAACAGGAUGCCGAAAACUUUGUGAGACAGAGAUACGGCAUCAAUGGAUCAUCCUCAUCCACCGACAACCUAUCGACAGCUGCAACCCAAGGAAGCGAGGCACGGUCUCCAACGUCCAGUUUCUCCACGAACCAACAACCUACACCUCCGACAUCUUUCCAAACAAACACCCCUGACGAGGAAGAUCUCUACCCUGCGCCCUUGCCACCUCAGCAGCAUCCCAAUCCGGCCGUUCUCGUCGCUUCUUCUUCCUGCGACCCUGCGAACAUCACGUCCAUAACAACAUACGGUUUAACCCAUCCUAGGCUCAACUGGGCCUUUGUUUUCCGAAACCGCAAAAAACUGGAGGAAAAUUGGCGGACCAACAGAUAUGUCUCGUUUCAGAUGCCUGAUCCGGCAUAUGCCCACGAAGGGCAUAGCGAGUGCAUCUACACCAUCCAGCAUUCCGCCAAAUACCUCCUUUCGGGUUCACGCGACCGGUCCAUCAAAAUAUGGAACAUCCAUACACGACGGCUGGUUAAAUCUUUGACCGGUCACGAAGGAUCCGUUCUCUGCUUGCAGUUUGAUGAUUCGCCGCAAGAGGACGUGAUUUUCAGCGGAUCCUCCGACACAAAUGUUAUCGUUUGGAGGUUCUCGACGGGAGAGCGACUGAAAACUAUCACCAAGGCUCACACCGAAUCCGUUUUGAAUUUACGAUUCAACAGGAAGUACGUUGUCACGUGCUCAAAGGAUAAAUACGUCAAGGUGUGGUCGAGGGACGAGCUCCAGUAUGGAUCUCCGGGGUUCGAUUGUGCCGUGCGACAGAUCCAGUUGGGCAACAAUAGGUUGAUUGAGCCCUCUCAGUUACCACACUAUAUUCAACUUGCCGGCCACUCACGGCCCACCAAGGACUUACCGGCUCUGACGUUGCUUCAUACCCUUGUCGGCCAUAAUGCCGCCGUUAAUGCGAUUCAGUUGAAUGGUGAAGAGGUCGUGUCGGCUUCCGGAGAUAGGAUGAUCAAACUGUGGGGACUGAAAUCCGGGAACUGCGAGAAGACAUAUGUUGGCCAUCACAAGGGAAUUGCUUGUAUCCAAUACGAUGGCGUCAAGAUUGUCUCCGGAUCCUCGGAUAAGACUAUCAGGGUUUGGGACAAGGAUUCUGGAGCUGAGAUUGCCAGAUUGGAAGGGCAUACCGGCUUGGUGAGAACGGUUCAAGCCGGUGGACCCAGGAAUGCGAGGAUCGUCAGCGGUGGAUAUGACGAAACGAUUCGAAUCUGGAGAAGAGAGGAUGAGAAUGGUGAUUUGGACGAUGGAGAAAAUCCGGGGAUCUUUGGUUCGUUGAGGGACGGUGUGCGGUGGAGGACUACUGGUAUUUUACGACACGUUCAUGAAGUGUCACCCGUUAGGCCUCAUGGACACGCAUUGGCCCAGCAGGCAGCCGCGGCAGCCAUGCACCACCAACCCGCACCUCCUGUUGCGCCACAGAACGUACCCGUGGCCCCACCGAACCAUGAUAACCCGGCAUUGAAUGCUGCCCAAAAUGCAUUCGCCAACGUUGGAGCCCAGAGUAACGUCCCGGCAACAGUGCCAGCCCUGGCAACAGCUGGGCCAUUACAUCCUUUGCCACCGCAGUUUAAUAUCGCCCCGAUCCCUCCUCCGAACGUUCAUCAGCUCUUGCCUCAACCUUGGAACCCACAGAACCACGGCCUGACAGCCCCGGCUGCGCAGAACCAGAACAAGGUUUUCAAGUUGCAGUUCGAUGCGAGGUUUGUUUGGUGCUGCAGCCAGGAUAUGAGGAUUGUCGGGUGGGAUUUCGCGGCGAACGAUCCGGAUAUUGUUGAAGCCAGUCGAUUCUUCUAG